AUGGCUUUGCUCAGAAAAAGUGUUGAGAUAUUCGUCCUUUUGAUGCCAACGGCUCCAGCUCUCAGUUUUAUUAAUUUUCUUGAUCUGUCUGGUAAGAGAUUUUCAAAUGGCAGAGAUGGGGAAGUGGUAUCAUGCCGCAGUGUUGGGUCAUGGAAGCAGCAGCUUCUCAAAGCCAAACAAUACAACAAACUGGUUGUGGUGAAGUUCACUGCGACGUGGUGCGGCCCAUGUCGAGCCAUGGCUCCUGUUCUUGAAGACUUGGCCAAGAAGACGAGCAAUGUCAUAUUCUUGAAAGUGGAUGUCGAUGAGCUAAUGAGUGUUGCUAAUGAAUUGGGAGUGGGUGCCAUUCCUUCCUUUCAAUUUUUCAAAAAUGGGAAGUUGGUGGACAAGUUCGUGGGUGCAAACAAGGAUUUAUUAAGAAACACUCUAUCAAAACAUGCCGCAUGAAACCGCUCUACAAGGAUGAAGGAUGAAGCUUUAUAUAAUAGAGAACAAUUAAUAUGCUGCAAAAUAAGUUUAAGCAAAAUUAAGUUUUCUUUUUUCC